GGUUGGUUUCCGUACCGCCUUCUCGGCGGGUGCGGAACUGCAUGCGGAUAGGGACAAGGGCCACCGGACCGGGCUCCAGCGGGCACGGGCGCGCUUGGCCAUGAGGUCGAUUUGUACAGCAUGCCGCACCGCUGGACCUGCAGCGCGCAGGUGGCUCUCCACCGAGGCAUUGGAUGCAUAUUCUCGAGUUGUCACCAACGUGGUUGACACAGUGGGUCCCGCGGUGGUGGCGGUCAAGCAUAAAGAUGGCCGUGGACAGGGCAGCGGCUUUAUCUUCAGCUCUGAUGGCUACAUCGUCACGAACGACCACGUGUUGGGAGAUGCGAAUGCGUCGGACAUCAUGGUCUCUCUGACGGAUGACAGCCUGCUGCAGGCAGAGCUGGUGGGCCGGGACGCCCCCACAGACAUCGGCAUCCUGCGGAUCCCUUCGCGGGGGAGGUCUCUGCCGCAUGUGGAGCUGGGGGACUCGGCGCAGCUGCGGGUGGGCCAGCUAGUGGUGGCCAUUGGCAACCCUUUGGGUUUCGCUUCCUCGGUCAGCGCGGGGGUGGUGUCCGCCUUGGGCCGCUCUUUGCGGUCACAAUCAGGCAGGCUAAUAGAUAACAUCGUCCAGACGGACACUGCCAUCAACCCGGGGAACUCUGGGGGUCCUUUGGUGGAUUCCAACUGCAAGGCGGUCGGUGUGAACACGGCCAUCAUCUCAGGGACCCAGGGCAUGGCCUUCGCAGUGCCCUCCAACACGCUGAGCUUUGUCGUUUCGCAGCUGAUGCAGUUUGGCCGCGUGAGGCGCGGGUACUUCGGCAUCAUGGGUGGCUCUCGAGCCCUUCACCGGGAGCUGCAGCAGAGAUAUGGUCUGCUUCCCACCGCCGUGCAGGUUGGCGGCCUGGACCCAGCAGGGCCAGCGCAACGAGCUGGAAUUCAGCCGGGGGACUUGCUGGUGGCCGCGGAUGACCAGCCGAUCGGCUCCAUGGACGACCUAUAUCGAGUCCUCUCCCAGCGCAGCCCCAACUCUCCGCUGAAGGUUCGGGUGCUGCGGCCGAUGCCUGGCGGGUUCAAGGGCCUGGAUGUCACGGUGGUUGUGGAGGAGGACCGGAAAAUGAUACCGGGCGCUGCGGUCAAUCAGCCCCGCCUGGUACAGCAAGGAGUGAGACCCGUUGCCGAUUUUGAGAUGUACUAGACUUUUGCGCGCGGAUUGAGAGUGCCUCAAUGGCGUGUGCCGUGUGGCAGGCAGGGUCAUAAAAUCUGACUCGUUAGCUUUCAAAGCACCGUAUGCCUGCGGAGUCC